UGUGGCGUGUGAGGUGUCGGUGCGGAAGCUGGUUCCGACGUGUCGCUCUCCGGGCGGCAUGUCGAGCUUCCGCGAGCUCGGGCUGCCGGCCUGGCUGGCGGAGCAGGCGCAGCAGCUGGGCAUAGGCCGCCCCACCCCGGUGCAGGCCGCCUGCAUCCCGCCCAUCCUGCAGGGUCGGGACUGCAUGGGCUGUGCCAAGACGGGCAGCGGCAAGACAGCUGCAUUCGUCCUGCCGAUCCUGCAGAAACUCUCUGAGGAGCCCUAUGGUAUAUUCUGCCUGGUGGUGACACCCACACGGGAGUUGGCCUAUCAGAUUGCUGAACAAUUCCGUGUUCUGGGGAAGCCACUUGGCUUGAAGGAUUGCAUCAUCGUUGGAGGGAUGGACAUGGUGGCCCAGGCUCUGGAGCUCUCCCAUAAGCCUCACGUUGUCAUUGCUACACCUGGCAGGCUGGCUGAUCAUCUCCGCAGCUCCAACACCUUCAGCCUCAGAAAGAUAAAGUUCCUGGUUUUGGACGAAGCUGACCGGCUGCUGGAACAGGGCUGUGCUGACUUCACCAAGGACCUGGAGGUGAUUCUAGGGGCUGUGCCAGCGACCAGGCAGACACUGCUGUUUAGUGCUACACUGACAGACACGCUGAAAGAGCUGAAGAGCCUUGCCAUGAACAAACCCUUCUUCUGGGAGUCCCAGGCCGAAGUGCGGACCGUGGAUGAGCUGGUGCAGCGCUACCUGCUUGUGCCGGAGAAAGUCAAGGACGCGUACCUCGUCCAUUUAAUUCAGACCUUCCAGGAUGAGCACGAGGACUGGUCCAUCAUCAUCUUCACCAGCACCUGCAAGAACUGCCAGAUCUUGACUAUGAUGCUGAGGCGGUUCAACUUCCCGUCAGUGGCUUUACAUUCCAUGAUGAAGCAGAAGCAGCGCUUUGCAGCCUUAGCAAGAUUCAAGUCCAGUGUCUUUAAGAUCCUCAUUGCCACUGACGUGGCUUCCAGGGGCUUAGACAUUCCAACAGUCCAAGUUGUCAUCAACUACAACACCCCAGGCCUGCCGAAAAUCUACAUCCACCGGGUGGGCCGGACGGCCCGUGCAGGCCGGCACGGACUCGCCAUCACGCUGGUGACGCAGUACGACAUCCACCUGGUGCAUGCUAUUGAGCAGCAGAUCAAAACGAAGCUGCAGGAGUUCUCGGUGGAGGAGCGUGCGGUACUCAGCAUCCUCACCCAGGUGAACGUCACCAGGCGGGAGUGUGAAAUCAAACUGGAGGCGACUGAUUUUGAUGAGAAGAAGGAAAUAAAUAAGCGGAAGCAAAUGAUCCUGGAAGGAAAGGACCCGGAGUCGGAGGCAAAGAGGAAGGCGGAGUUGGCCAAGAUCAAGAAGAAGAACAAGCAGUUCCGCGCGAGGGUCCAGCAGACGCUGCAGGAGAAGAAACAACGUCAGCUGCAGAGGAAGCUGCAGAAGAAGGUGCGGCCGCAGCAGAGACAGGUGGCCAAGGAGGAGAAGUGAGAGCCCCAGGCACUUACAGCUGGGGAGCCUGGGAGCUGCUGCCCAGGGCUCUGCCUAGCCCCUAGAGACCAUGUGGCAGGGGUGCUUGAUGUGGAAGCUUCUGACUUGAUGCUGGUGUUUGAAGGGAGUGGGAUCACUCUGCCAGCGUAACCCCUUCUCCUUCCCCUCCAGAGAAUCCGCUGGUCUGGCCCAUCCUGCCUGACACGGUCUGGAUGGGGCUCAGGGGGUGUCACUCCUCAGCCUCCCAUGCCCAAAGGAGGGAUCCAGACUCUUCUCCCUUGGGGAGCUGCUCCUGCUCAUGCUGAUUCUUGGUUUCUCACCUGCUCCCACCCUUCCCAGGGCUGGUGCCUGCCACUUCCUCUUGUUUACAUGGGCAGCUUCUCCCCAAGUCAGAGUCUAAACACCCUGACUCAAGUCAGCUUGGCCCCUGGCUUCCUGGCCUGGCUGGCAGUGUUCUGAGAGGGUAACAGCUAAUAGAGACAGGGGAGGGGCUCCAUCAGGGAGGCUAAUCUGGCGUGUUUUGUGAUAAUUUCCCUUCCUCCUAAUUUGUGUGACCUGUUAUCCGAACCCUGUUUAUCCCGAGGUCCCUCUGAGCCACAUUUCAGAUCUGUCCCCUGACCUGCAACACCAGACAGCUCCCCAGCCCCCUCUGCCCCAGUCGGCCACGUGACCGCC